AUGGAGGACGGAAUAGCCGUGGUUGGGAUGGGAUGCAAUUUCCCAGGAGGUGAGGGGCUGGAGAAUUUCUGGAAGGUUCUGUUGGAGGGACAGAACUGUGUGGUGGACAUCCCCUCUGAGAGGUUUGACACCAGCUUUUGGAGCGAUGCUGAUGCCACCAAACCUGGAAAAACCCCGACGACCAGAGCCGCUCUGAUAGACGGGUUCAAUGAGUUCGACCACAUGUUUUUUGGCAUCUCUGAGGCGGAGGCAGACGUCAUGGACCCCCAGCAGAAGCUCCUCCUGCAGUGCUCGUACAGGGCCCUGGAGGAUGCGGGGACUUCCAUUGAAAGCAUCAGUGGGAGUAGAACGGGAGUUUACGUGGGUCUCAUGAACAGAGACUACGAGAUGCUCAGGAACAACAAUCCAAACACAAUCAGCCACUACAACGCCACAGGAACAGCCACAAGUGUUGCAGCCAAUAGGAUUUCCUUCACCUUCAAUCUCACCGGGCCUUCAUUCGCCAUCGACAGCGCCUGCUCUUCAUCUUUGGUGGCUCUGCAUGUAGCCUGUCAGGCCAUACGCCUAGGUAACCGCUUUCAUGACUGCAUCAUUUGGUCGCCACGGUUCCAUAAUGAUCCUUCCCCUCUAGGAGACUGUGAGAUGGCGCUCUGUGGUGGAGUUAACUGCAUAAUAGAGCCACGAGUGUUUGUGGCUCUCAGCAAAGCAAAGAUGACCUCUCCUGAAGGAACCAGCAAGCCUUUCUCCAUCAGAGCGGAUGGUUACGGCCGAGGGGAGGGCUGCGGGGUGCUGCUUCUGAAGCCUCUCGGAAGUGCUAAAAGAGACCAUAACAAAAUAUGGGGGAUCAUCAGCAAAACCGCCAUCAACCAGGAUGGACGCUCCGUCACUCCAAUCACCAAACCCUCCAAGGUUCAACAGGAGGAGCUUCUGCGAGGAAUUUACUCGGACAUCGCCGACGUCCAGUACAUAGAAGCUCACGGCACUGGAACCCCAGCUGGCGACACAACAGAGGCAGGAAGCAUCUCCGACGCCAUCGCUGAGGCCAGAGCCCCAGGUUCAAAGACACUGAUGGUUGGAUCUGUGAAGGGCAACAUCGGACACACCGAAUCUGCAGCUGGAGUGGCCGGAGUCAUCAAGGUUCUUCUGAUGAUGAAGCACGAAACCAUCGUUCCCUCUGUUUUGUACUCUGAUGACAGCGCAGGUGUAGACAUGAAAGCUCUGAAAUUACGUGUUCCAAUCAAAGCUGAAAAGUGGGAGACAGCAGGGCCUCAGGGGAGGGUGGCAGGAGUAAAUAGUUUUGGGUUUGGAGGCACAAAUGCCCACGUGGUUUUAAGAGAGUACACAAAUGAAGGUGCAUCUGCAGCAACCUGGUUGAAAGUAUGCGUACUAUCAGCAGCCUCUGAGAAGUCUCUGAUUCUGACCAUCAAUGACACUCACAGAAGACUCAGUCAAUCGGUUGACCUGCAUGGGCUGUCCUACACAUCUGCAUGUGGGCGGAGCCACUUUAGACACAAAUAUAGGAAAGCCUUUGCAGCAUCUUCUCUGCCAGAUUUACAAAACCAGCUCAAAUCUGCAAUGAACACCAAGUUGGAGCCCGUCCGGUCCAGCGCCAGGGUGGUCUUUGUGUUCUGUGGAAACGGGGUGUCCUACAGGGGGAUGUGCAGCCAGCUCAUGAAGGAUGUUCCUGCUUUCAGAGAGAAAGUCAAAGAGGUUGAGAGAACCUUUAACCGACAUGAAACCAUCUGCAUCAGUAAAUGGCUCUGUGGUGAGGACUGUGAUUUCAGCCAGCCAGGCGUUGUCCAACCUCUUCUUUUUGCAGUUCAGGUUGGGCUUGCUUCUCUACUGAAGAGUUGGGGAAUCAAACCAGACACGGUGCUUGGCCACUCCAUCGGGGAGGUUGCGGCUGCUCACUGCUCAGGUCUUUUAUCUCUUGAAGAUGCUGUAAAGGUGGUGUAUCACCGUAGCUCUCUCCAGAGCAAAGUUACGGGAGGGAAAAUGCUUGUCGUUGGUAAUGUGGAGGUGGAACAGGUUUUGGAAGUUCUUGCCGUCUUCUCUGGCAAAGUUUGUGUGGCUGCCUUCAACAGCCCUCGGUCAUGCACCCUGUCAGGAGAGGCAGAUGCUGUAGAUGGCCUCCACGAGAGGCUGAGGCUCACAUUUACAGAUGAAAAUCUGUUUCUUUGUGUUCUAGAUGUUCCAGCUGCUUACCACAGUCAUAUGAUGGAGCCGGUUCUUGAUGACAUUGAGAGGCGCAUUGGCCCGUUGCAUGCCAACAAAAUGGAAUGCAAACUGUUUUCAACAACGACGGGACAGAUGUGCUCAGAUGGAGACUUUGUUUCCGGAACAUACUGGAAAAAAAACAUCAGAGGGCCCGUUUGUUUUGAAAAAGCUCUUCGCACUGCAGUCAGAGAUGCUCAGUCUGGAGGAAAUCUGGUUUUCGUGGAGCUUGGACCACGAAGGAGUCUUCAGCGAUACAUCUGCGACACUCUUGGAAGCAACACCAAAGUUCUCUCUGUUGUCCAGCCAGGUAAAGAUUUGAAAACCAUCUCCGAUGCUGUUGCCAGGCUGUUUGAACUUGGAGUGAACGUGGAUUGGCACCAGCUAUACAGGGGUUGUGAGAUGUUGCCUACAAAUUUCCCUGUGUAUCAGUUUGAUAACACAAAGAACAAUGUGAAUUUUGAAGCUUUGAGGAAUGAUAACGGAUUGGCUGCCAUUUCUCAUCACCCAUUUGCAUCCCAAAUAAACCAGAACAACAAAGAAUUGAUCUUCAACCUGUCACUGGACAUCACGCCAUAUCUUUGGGAGCACAAGAACAAUGGCGUUCCCAUCGUACCCGGUUCUUUUUAUGUCGAGUUGGCUUUAGCUUCAGUGAUGAAGUCAAAGAGUCCAGUAUCUCUGUUUCGUCUCAGUCUCACAUUUCAGAGUGUCCUCACUCUCACCUCCAAAUUCCAGCAGUUGAAAGUGACACUACAACAGUCAGGGACUGAAACUUUAUUUAAAAUUCAAUCUUCUGCUGGAACACACGCAUCUGGCACAUGCAGCUACGCAGAAGACCAGCCGCUGUUGGAGGAACCAACUAUUUGUCCAGACGUGAUCUAUCAAAGAUGCAAACUGGUUAUGACGAGACGGGAGGUGUACUCAGUUCUGUCUGAAGCAGGGUUUGAGUACGGCCCUCCUUUUCAGCACCUCAGUGAUGUGCGAUAUGGGAAUGAGCUCAAAGAAGCUGUGACAACCUUGCUGGUUCCUGGUGAAGUCCUGAGACAUCUCCACGAGUGUUUCCUUCACCCGGUGGUUUUGGAUUACUUUAUGCAAAUGACUGCUGUUGUAGCACUGGAACAGCUUACAGCGAAGCAGGGAUUCCCUUCAGGGAUUGCAAGCAUAGUGAUAUCAAGACCUCUGCAAGAGAAGAUGGUCAUCUACUGUCGAGUAACUCAUGCGGCCCCAGAAUUCCUGGACGUUUGUGGCUGCUUUUCUACCACAGACGGAAAUGUUCUGGUUGAACUAAAAGGAGUUAGAAUUUCAUUUUUGGAUUCAAGUGUUUCACAAUCGUUGCUUUUCCACAAUGAAUCAGUUCCAGUUGGACUCCAAACAGACUUGGAAAACUGUAAGAUUAAAGCCAUUGUGUUUGAGGACAAGCUCUCCAUUGCCAAAGGGCUAAAACCUUACCUGAGUCCAGAAUCGGUCCUCGUGGAAGGCAAAGGAAAACUAACCGCAGAUAAAGUUCGAGACAUGGUGCUUGACUCUCUUCACUCCAACGAAGCUCUGACGGAUGUCCUCUUUCUGUGGGGUGUAGAGGACCUCACACACCUAUCAGCAGAGAUGAUGCUGAACUCCCUGGUGACUUGCUGUGAGUUUUUCCGGCAGAUUGUUCUAGCCGUGAAGGAGAGCAAGCGCAGCUGCACUUUGCGGGUCAUUACUCACAGAUCAACAGAAAUGACAGUGGAUCACGUGAGCCCAGGAUUUGUGCUGUCUGGUUUGACACGGGCCUGUGCAGCAGAAGUGGUUGAUCUCUCCCUUCAACUCAUUGACCUUGCUUUUGUCACCAGUGAGGACAUUCAGGUGUUGGCUCGUGUCAUAAGAACCUGCAAACACCAGGAAGUCAGGAUCAGUAAUGGGCAGAUCUGGGGAACCAGUAUAACACAGACUCAAGUGAAAAUUGAAGACUUAGGCCAAAGUGAUUCUCCCUUUGAACAUCAUAUGGACUUUGUGCUCCAAACUAACGAUCCAUACAGAGUGGCAAACUUGUCUGCUGUUCCUGAAAACAAACAGGCACAUCCUGUUCCGGAAACGUCAGUAGAAGUUCAGCUAACGCGUGUGUGCGUGCAUUCAUUUGAUUAUUUCCCUGUCACCACCUCCCACUUAGACUUUGGCGAAACAGUUUACUGGAGCAAGCAUGGCUCACAGAGGCACAAACUGCUAGCUUUAGAUUUUAGUGGCAUUGUCACAGCAGUUGGGAAGGAUGUGCACAGAUUUAGAGUUGGUGACCACGUUGCUUCAUGCUAUGCGGUUGAAGCCACCACAGCCGUUGUGAUUCCUGAAGUGGCGUGCUACAGCACAAAGACUCUUCCCUUUCUCAGGGAGACUCCAUGUGUGUCCUACUUCAUCCUAGCAUGGGAGAUCCUGCAGAACCGACUCUCUGAGGUGAAGAACCAUCCCAGACAGUUGGCAGUUGUCUCCUCAAACUCUGCCUCUGCUCUGGUGAAGGUCUUGGCGUUAACAGCGAGCAGGUCAGGCUGGAACGUCUCUUCUUGGUCUCAUGUCGGUCAGAAACUCCAACGCUGUGGCGCCGUGGUUUUUUUGCCUCCGUUCGAUCCCUCCUGGCGGGAGGCGUGUGAUGACCACGUCAGGCAUGUUGUUUUUGUGUGCAGCAGUCACAUGUCACCCAAAAUGUCUGCAAGAAUGUUUGCCCUGAAGAAGGAGGAUAUUCUGGUGCACAAACUCGAUGUGGCCAACGUUCUCCAGAGAUCUAAUCUACGAGAACAAAACGGAAAAAUCUCCAACUGGUUGUCGUCUUUGGGGUUUGAUGAGGCCUCUUUGCCUCUGAGAGGGGAGCUGCAUGGGGUGGAAAAGUCUGAGUCUUACUUUAUCACAACUAAAGUGCAGCAGGUUGUUUUGAACUACGAAGGCACCACCUGUUCGCUCUCUGACAUUCCUAUUUUUAAGAGGCCAGAAAAACUCUUCAAAAAAAAAGGCGUCUACAUCGUAACUGGAGGGAUCUCUGGUUUGGGGCUCGAGACUGUUAAGUUUAUCGCCUGCAACGGAGGCGGUUGCAUUGCAACUCUGUCAAGACGCAUUCUCUCGGAGGAAAUGCAGUUUGAGAUGAAUCUCCUGCAGAAGAGAUUCGGAGUUUCCAUCAUACAUAUCCAGUGUGACGUGUCCUCAUUGGUGCAGGUGGUGAAUGCGAUCUCAGAGAUAAUCCAAAGAUUCCCGUCUUGUCCAAUCACAGGAGUCUUUCACAGUGCCGCCGUGUUGCACGACGCGCUGAUUCCAUCCCUUAAUGAGGAUCUCUUCAGAAAGGUGCUGCAGCCUAAAGUUUGCGGCGUCCUCAACCUCCACCACGCAACGCUUCACAACAAACUGGACUUCUUUGUGUGCUAUUCAUCCAUCUCUUCCUUCAUAGGCAACGCCUCGCAGUGCAACUACGCUGCAGCAAACUCCUUUCUUGAUGCUUUCUGUCAUUACCGGAGAAACUGUGGCCUCGCAGGCCAGUCCAUCAACUGGGGUCCUUUGAAUGUCGGUCUGCUGCUGAACAAAGAGCAUUUCCAGAGGUUCUUAGAGGCCAAAGGGAUGAGGAUAAUGAGUCUGCACGAAAUUCACGAGACACUUCGAAUGAGUCUCGUUAUGAACAGACCGCAGCAAGUUAUAUGCAAAUUCAACUACAGGAAUCUUCACCAUCACGUUCUUUCCCAAAACGCGUCUCUGAGGGAACGGCUGUCAGUGUUGGUGGCAGCAAGGCUCAAAGAUGGAAGUGAACCCAAAGUUCAGCCUCUGUCCUCCACACGCCAACGCCUGAGGACCGUCAUCAGCGAGAUGCUGAACACGAGAGAAGAGGAACUGGAGGAUGAUGCUUCCCUGUGUGCGCUUGGGGUUGACUCCAUGUUAGCCAUGACUCUGCAGAACAAGAUUUUUCAGGAGACGGGGGUAAACGUGCCUUUGGUGCUCAUCCUGGAUCCCAGCAACACACUCACAUCUUUGGAGGAGUUUGUCCACAGCAGCAGCUAAAUUCACGCCACGCCUGCGUAGCUUUUAAAAACUAAAUAUUGCUGUGAAGCCUCAGACACAGACAUGGUUUCAUUUUGAGAAGCAACCUGACAACGUAGAACAUCUGGAACUUAAAAACUAGAAUGUCAGCAUUGUUUUUCUUCUAAAACCUUCAGUUUGAAGGCUUCUCCUAUUUUAUGCUCAAAUCUCUAGUUUUGAACUAUGUUAGAGAGGAAAAUGAUUGUAAAACAAAAUCCUUGAUUCAUUUUUUUUAUUUAAAUCCUCAUAGUUAUCGAGGACAGUUGACAUAAAAAUAAAAGCCAUGCAUUUCAUAUUUUUGUCAAAUUUUGUCAACAAAUGAUCUUUAGGGAGGAAUAUAAAAAUGUAAACCACAAAGUUAAACACUUUGUAAAUAUUUAUUCUUUUUAUUUGUAUUUUCCAAGAAGGUAUCUAGAAAAGGCUUCUUCCUUUGAAUGAGUUAUUUU